GUGCGGGGCUCAGGGCUCGGGAAGCGGAUCCCGGCCCCGAGGGCGCGGGCCGGGCGGCAGGUGCGCGGCGCGGACUACAAGUCCCAGCAUGCCCAGCUCCCCUGACCCGGCCCCCGCGGCCACUUAAAAGCUUCGGGAACCGCAGCCGUCGGGUCGCCGCGGCUUUCGCUUUGCCGCCGCGGCUCGGGCGGCGUGAGCAGCGGGUUCUGCGGCGGGUCGUCCCAGCGUCCGGGCUCCGGCUGCGCCGAGGGGCGCUCCUGGUCCAGCCCUCCCCGCUCGCGGAUUCCCUCCCGAGGCGCCCGCGCUCCCCCGGGCUCUCCGCCUCGGCCACCCCGCGGCCCCGAUGCCGAGGCAUGGAUAGAGCAGCGCUGCGCGCGGCGGCGAUGGGGGAGAAGAAGGAGGGCCGCGGCGGGGGGGACGCGGCGGCGGCGGACGGGGGCCCCGGGGCCGCAGCCAGCCGGGCGCUGCAGCAGUGCGGGCAGCUCCAGAAGCUCAUCGACAUCUCCAUCGGCAGCCUGCGCGGGCUGCGUACCAAGUGCGCGGUGUCCAACGACCUCACCCAGCAGGAGAUCCGGACUCUGGAGGCGAAGCUGGUCCGCUACAUUUGCAAGCAGCAACAGUGCAAGCUCAGCGUGGCUCCCAGUGAGAGGACCUCGGAGCUCAACAGCUACCCUCGCUUCAGUGACUGGCUGUGCACCUUCAAUGUGAGGCCAGAGGUAGUGCAGGAGAUCCUCAGCGAGCUCACGCUGGAUGCCCUGCUGGACAUGAAUGAGGUCAAGGUGAAGGAGACGCUUCGGCGCUACGGGGCCAGUGCCGAGGAGUGUGGCCGUCUGCAGUACGCCCUUGCCUGCCUGCGGAAAGUGACAGGUCUGGGAGGGGAGCACAAAGAGGACUCAGGCUGGAGUUCAUUGGAUGCCCGGCGGGAAAGCGGCUCAGGGCCUUCUGCGGACACCGUCUUGACAGCCGGCCUGCCCUGGCCACCAGGGGGCGCUCCGCCGGGCAGAAUGGGUGGCAGCACCCAGGGCCCACGCUCCGUGUCUGUGUCCGCUUUGCCCACCUCGGACUCCCCAGUCCCGGGCUCCUGCGAGGGCCUCUCGGACACCUGUGUCCUCCUGCACACCAGCGGCCGGCUGACCCCCCGGGCCCUGCACAGCUUCAUCACGCCCCCGACCACACCCCAGCUGCGAAGGCACACCAAACUGAAGCCGCCGCGGACGCCGCCGCCGCCCAGCCGCAAGGUCUUUCAGCUGCUGCCCAGCUUCCCCACGCUCACCCGGAGCAAGUCCCACGAGUCUCAGCUGGGGAACCGCAUCGACGAGGUCUCCCCGAUGAGGUUUGAUCUCCCACACGGAUCCCCACAGAUGGUACGAAGGGAUAUCGGGCUGUCGGUGACUCACAGGUUCUCCACCAAAUCUUGGCUGUCCCAGGUCUGCCACGUGUGCCAGAAGAGCAUGAUGUUUGGAGUGAAAUGCAAGCACUGCAGAUUGAAAUGUCAUAACAAGUGUACAAAGGAAGCCCCUGCCUGUAGAAUAUCCUUCCUCCCACAACCUAGGCUUCGGAGGACAGAAUCUGUCCCCUCAGACAUCAACAACCCGGUGGACAGAGCAGCUGAGCCCCACUUCGGAACCCUCCCCAAAGCACUGACAAAGAAGGAGCACCCCCCGACCAUGAACCACCUGGACUCCAGCAGCAACCCGUCCUCCACCACAUCCUCCACGCCCUCCUCGCCGGCACCCUUCCCAACAUCAUCCAAUCCAUCCAGUGCCACCACGCCCCCCAACCCCUCUCCAGGCCAACGGGACAGCAGGUUCAAUUUCCCAGCUGCCUACUUCAUUCAUCAUAGACAGCAGUUUAUCUUUCCAGACAUUUCGGCGUUUCCACAGGCAGUCCCAUCCCCUGAUGCGGCGGACAGCACCCGGCUUGAUAACCAGCCCAAAGCAGACGUGUUGGAGGAUCACGAAGCGGAGGCUGAGGAGCCAGAGGCCGGCAAGUCAGAGGCAGAGGAUGACGAGGAUGAGGUGGACGACUUGCCCAGCUCUCGCCGGCCCUGGCGGGGCCCGAUCUCUCGCAAGGCCAGCCAGACCAGCGUGUACCUGCAGGAGUGGGACAUCCCCUUUGAGCAGGUGGAGCUGGGUGAGCCCAUCGGGCAGGGCCGCUGGGGCCGGGUACACCGCGGCCGCUGGCACGGCGAGGUGGCCAUCCGCCUGCUGGAGAUGGACGGCCACAACCAGGACCACCUGAAGCUGUUCAAGAAGGAGGUGAUGAACUACCGGCAGACGCGGCACGAGAACGUUGUGCUCUUCAUGGGAGCCUGCAUGAACCCACCCCACCUGGCCAUCAUCACCAGCUUCUGCAAGGGGCGGACGUUGCACUCAUUUGUGAGGGACCCCAAGACGUCUCUGGACAUCAACAAGACCAGACAGAUUGCUCAGGAGAUCAUCAAGGGUAUGGGCUAUCUCCACGCCAAGGGCAUCGUGCACAAAGAUCUCAAAUCCAAGAACGUCUUCUAUGACAACGGCAAAGUGGUCAUCACUGACUUUGGGCUGUUUGGGAUCUCGGGUGUGGUCCGAGAGGGCCGGCGUGAGAACCAGCUGAAGCUGUCCCAUGACUGGCUAUGCUACCUGGCCCCGGAGAUUGUGCGCGAGAUGACCCCCGGGAAGGACGAGGACCAACUGCCGUUCUCCAAAGCUGCUGACGUCUAUGCCUUUGGGACUGUUUGGUAUGAACUGCAAGCAAGAGACUGGCCCUUUAAGAACCAAGCGGCAGAGGCCUUGAUCUGGCAGAUUGGAAGUGGAGACGGUAUGAAGCGUGUCCUGGCCUCCGUCAGCCUGGGGAAGGAAGUCACUGAGAUCCUGUCUGCCUGCUGGGCUUUCGACCUGCAGGAGAGGCCCAGCUUCCCCCUGCUCAUGGACAUGCUGGAGAAGCUGCCCAAGUUGAACCGGCGGCUCUCCCACCCCGGCCACUUCUGGAAGUCUGCUGAGUUGUAGGCCUGGCUGCCUUGCAUGCACCUGGGGCUUUCCUCCUCCUAAUCGACACUCGGCACCGUGACUUCCGCUCAAGCGCCAACUGACGUGCGCGCACUAACCCAGGGGAUGCGAUCUCUGCCGCUCCAGGCCUCUCUCCCGAGACUUCUUCUUUUGCUUUGUUUGUUUUUUAAAACCAGCGUCCUCCCCCUCUCCAUGGCCCGUGUGUCCCAGAAUAACUGCCAUCCACGAGGACCCCCUAACAGCCCCCCCCACCCCGCCCAGCAGAGCUGCCUCCCCUGUCCAGGAUUUUAUCCUCUAACUCUGCCUCUGUGGGGUGGCGCCGGUGUGUUUGGGCGGUCCUGUCUCCCCACUAACACCUCCGUGAGGUCGACUGCCCCUGACCCCGGGACCUGGCUGGGUCCACAGUGCAGGGGAGGGCUUUUGCUUGGCUGUUAACCUGCAAGGUCUUGUCCGGCAAGGAGUGGGAUGAUUUCAGAGCUGCCCAAGGCCAGUCCCAUCUGGGGGCAUUGGGUCCCAUUGCUGUGAAAGACACUGGCUGGGAAGGGCUUUGUCCCCAGCGGUGCCCUCUGGAAAGUGGUCUUAAAAACAAAGGGGGCCUGCCUGUUGCCAAACAGUUGCACUGAUGAGAGCAAAGUUUCUGCUGCCGAUCCCCACAGACAGAAAGUACCAGACCUCAGUGAGCGUUCAUCAAGAGGGUGGCUGAGAGGCUACACGCAGUCACUGGGCUGCUUCCCAGAUGCAGGUUCCUGGGGUUCCCCCAAACUGAGUCCAGGUCUCUGGAGGCGGACUCUAAGAGUCUGCAUUUCUACAUUGCCCCCCAAUGUUUGGGGACCAUUUCUGAAAGGAUUGUGUGAGGCCGCUCUCUCGGUACCUGGGGUCCGGUUUCUUUCUUCCCCCAGUUGCUCUCGGAGCAGAGCUCUCCUGGGCCACAAGUGAGACAGUAGCUCAGUCGAGGCCAUGGCAGUGAGAGCAGGCCAGGUGCCAGGCACUCCGAGACUGAGAAGCCCCUGCCCCCCGGGAGGGUAUGUGACCAAGUCUUAGCCCCGAGACCAAGUCUGACCAGGAGCAGCUCUGCUAAGGCUUGCUUCUCGCUGGGGGCAGGUCCUCUGUGGAGCUUGUGAAACAGGCCCGCUCCUUGGCUAACAUCCUACUUCCGAUCAAGGCCAGUGGGGCCGUAACCCAUGUUUUUGUUCCUCUUUGCAGCAUUAACAGCAGCAAAGUUGUACCCCGGUUUGAAAGGUUUGGCUUGGGUGUCCUGGAGUCCAGUAAUCCAAAGAUGUAGCCAGCCGUGUGGUUUUUCUGCCGAUUUCUUUUCUUCUUAAAUGUGUUUCUAAAGCAUCCAAACAACCACCAUGCCACAAACGAAAACACUCUUCGAAACGUCAGUCCACCCUCCUAAGUGGUGCAGACCAGGAGUGUGAGUCCUUGACUCCGACCCGUCCAUCCAAGGAAACAUCCGGCCGGCGUUAGAGCCACACCUGCUGUUUCUUCUUCAAGUGAUAUCACCACCAACCAGACCUGCCCCGACAGGCAGCGAAAGUUUACAUGGAUGUUUCUGGGCCGUGAACUCAAUGCUUCACAAUAGGUAAUAAUAAACGGUGGCCGCAGAGGCACACUGGCACCACUGGCCUGGAUGGUGGGAGAGGCCUUCCCCUCUGGAGGACCAUGGCGGCGGUGAGGAAAAGGAAGAAAAGCACCAUCCUUGUGGCUGUUCCUGGGGUCGGAUGGGGACCACAAGGUUUGACCUGGACUCUGCUUUGGCCCCCUUUGGUUCUCCCCCUAUCCUAACAAAGGGACACUGUCCCUUUUUCUUCUGGCAGAGGAAACCAGAGGCCAAGUGGGAUUUUGAGGGUCAGGAGUUCCCAGAGGGCUUGGGUUCCCUUUUGACCCCAAUUAUCCAGCCUGUCCCUGCUGGAAAAGUCAAGACAGAUUAAACCCAGAUAAUGUCUGGAUUGAUCCAGGGGCUGUUGGCCAGGAUUUCCAGCACCUGUAGAAAACUCUCUCACACAGCUUCCAGGAAGACCCCAAGGAGAUGGUACUCAGGGCUUCAGCUUUUUAGACACAUCCCAGUCCUGGCUGAGAUUUGACCCCAGAGCUAAGGCCCAGCCCUGCAGCUGCGUGUACCAUGAGGGCUUGUACCCAGGAGAACAAAAAGGGGAGCAGGAAGGAGAAGUGGCAGGCAGCGGGUUCCUGAGCUCACCCUCCCAGCCACAGGGUGACCUGGCUCUUCAGAAACCCCAUUAGUCAUGCCAGGGUUCUGGAAUUGCCCACCUCUUCUCCUCCAGUCCUGUUGAAGGCCCGGAGCCACUCCUGACUCUUCCACUGUCCUUAUUCUGAGCCCUUAGCUAAGACGGGAGGCCUGUGCCCCUCCACACUGUUCAUGCAGACCCACUCAGUCCACCAGUCCUCAGAGCCUCCCCUGAACCAAGUCAGGACAUCUACGUGUGUAUAUUUGCACCAGAAGGAGGGGCUUGACUGGGGAAAGUCCGUGAAAUGAACAUAUUCUGCCUAUCUUCAUUAGAAGCUGUCACCUCAAGAGAACAGUUCCAGAUGACAAAGAAGCCUUCAGUGGGUGUUAGGCCAUGGUAGGCCUCAAACCAGAACCGACCAAGGGUGAUGAGGCUGGAGAUGUAGUUGGAUUCAGACCCAGACCAUGUGUCCAUGCUCUGAGCCAAGAUUGGGGGGGUGCGGGGAGACAUGUGGCCCUCCCAUCCCUUUCAUUUAGACCUACCUAGCAGAGCUCCCAAUCUUCAGAGCCUUCUCUGAGUCUGGCCAAAAGGUCAUAUGAAGCAGGCCACUGACCAGAAGUGGUGGGGCUGCCUUCCUGACUCCAGGUCCGACGCCCCUUGGCUGACCCACGCCUGGAGAGCACAGCUGUGCAGCAGGGCGAGGUAUCCAGGCUCCCGCUGCCCAUCGGCACCCCAGACCUGAGCUCCUUAACCUCUCCCAGUGAGGGUGUGGGCAAGACGAGAGCUGUAAGCCCGGUGGCUUCAGCUCCUGGUGGGUCUUCCAUCUUCUUUGGGGCUCUUUGCUUCAUCCCUCACCCCUUGGCCUCCCCGAUGAGUGUCACGCCUGCAGGUCAGUUCAAGAAGCUUUCAUCGAACACCCACGGUGUCUUGCCCAAGUGCAGGGGACGCUGCGAUGGGAGCAGUGACAGUCCCUGCCCUUAAGGAACUAACACUGCCAAGAACCCUGAGGGGGAGCUGAAGGUGUGGAGGACAGCCCCUGCAUCUUCAGGACCCUGGACAGCCGGCCAGCUCUUGGCUUAGCCUCUGCGCUGCCUGACAUUUAAGAGAAACUUGGUCCCCUACUCCCUCUCAAAGUGACUGUGAAUUGAGGUUGGGAAGACACGCUUGCCCUUCUGUGUGCUCUCCCAUCUGCCGUGGAGACACAUGAAGGACGGCCAGAUACUGUGAAUUCAGUGCUCACAGCCGACUGUGAAGGGGAUGGCAGAAGCUGGGACAGCCUCCCCAGUGAGAGCUCUGGGGGCUGUAGAGGUCCCCGCUGGGGCCUGAGAAUGGAGCCCAAGCUUUGGUCCUUCGCAGCACACCUCCAGUCCCAGGCAUCCCCUCCAAAACCCUAGGGCCCAUGUCCCUGCUGCCUUUAACCCCCAGAGCCGCAGCCGCUGGCUCUCCAUUCAACUCGAGGUCUUCAAUCCUACCAAGUUCCCCAUUGGUUGUGGGCAGUGUAGCAACGUUGACCUCUCUGUGUCACCAGAUCAGUGCAGAGUGCUGGAAUCCUGUCCUCUCAUGGCAUUCUCCUUGUCAUCACAGGGAGCAGCCAUGUGCCCUGUAAGCCUGCAUUGCUAUUGUUCCGUGUUGAUUAGGGGGCUGGGUGGAGACAUAAAUGUGAAGCCGUUUUGGGAGCUCGUGUGAUGCUACAGUGUUAGCCCGGAUUUCAUUCAUGUGUGUGUGUAAAACCAGCGUCUUCCGUGGCCACAGGCACACACUUGCUUUUUUGAAUGUGAUGUAAAAUUUGUACAGUAAAAGUUUUUAUAUUUUCUAUCAACUGCAUUUGUCUUCCAGAAAUGCUAUUAAUUUAAAUUAAAAUGGUUAGUAUUAAUGAACGCACUGUAUCAGUUUUUUUGCCACUGGCAGGAACACAUCCUUUGUGCCAGGCCUAGCCUGGGUGUCUGGAGUUGGUGAAUAAAAUUGUACCAAGGUG